AUGAACCAUAUGCGUGGUCUCGUGUCUACCGCGCAAGCGCUCCGCCAAACCUUCGUCACACCUCUUUACCAAACCACCCCCAGGGUUGUACAGCCAUUUAAAAUUCAUCAUGGCAUUCAACUGAGACUUUUCCAACACUCCCGCUCUUUGGCUCUUCGUGAAUCUCGACCUCCCGUCAAGGGACCCAUUAAAGAUGAAGGCAUUCGGGCGCCGACAGUACAGAUCGUCAAUGCCGACGGAGAUAUUCAACCUCCUCAGAGCCUAUCCGAGGUUCUAGAAUCCUUCAACCGCAACGAAUUCUUUCUCAUGCAAGUUUCCCCGGGGGCUCCCAAACAGCCACCAGUGUGCAAGAUCAUGAACAAGUUAGAGUACCGGAACGCCGAGAAAGCCAAGGAAAAGGCAGCGAAGGCUGCCAAACAAAGCCUGAAGCAAAUUGAGCUGAACUGGGCUAUUGACGGUCAUGAUUUGGCGCAUCGUCUGAAACAGUUGACUGCUUUCUUGGAGAAGGGCCGAAAGGUUGAGAUCAUUCUGACCCGGAAGAAACACAAGCGCGCCCCCACCGUCGACGAGAUCAAGCAGGUGAUGCAAAGUGUUAUGGACACCACUCGGGAAGCUGGAGGUACACAGGUCAAAGCGAUGGAGGGGGAGCCAGGCAAGCGGGUUCUGCUCACCGUGAAGAAGUCUGAUUGA